AUGGCUGACACCAUCUGGGAGUCCUACCGGCCCAAACUGGAGCGUCUCUAUAUCCAUGAAGGCCAGAAAUUAAACGAAGUCAUGGAGUAUAUGCGAACUAAGUACGGGUUCGAUGAAAGGAAGUCACAGUACGGAAAGUACUUCAAGAGAUGGGGCCUGCGAGAAAAUCUUUCUCUGACCCCAGCGGAGGGCAAGUUCAUCGGGCGGCGAAUCGACAAGAGAAAGAGGGAACACCAGAAAGAGAGCGAAGUCACUCCAGAAGGAAUUGUUAUCUGUACUCCUGCAACGCCAAGUAUGCGGCUCAUUUGGAAUCACUCUCUUCCAUGGUUGCAAUUUGCCAAGCUGCUCGAGCCUCGACGAGACGAUAUGACUGGACUUAGUAUUCUGAUGCCAGAAGAGUUCAAUGGCCAGCAUCGUACCCACGCCACAAGGUUAUGCAACACCCCACGAACGACAACAGAGAGUCUUAACUUGGAACUAUUCUUGUUGUCUAACAACUUCAUCUCCCACGGUCCAACUGGCAAAUCCAAAAGAACUAUGGCUGGCCGUGACCGGAAUGUGAUGAAAUUGUUCCAUGCGUCUGGCUGGAAGAAUAAGAAGCACAUUGAGAUCUUGUUAUCAACUCGGGAGCCCACCGCAGAGGCCAUAGCAGAGAGACUAUUCGCCAGUGCACUGCGACACUUGGAUCUGGACACUGUGAAAAUGAUGUUGGAGGCUGGAAUGGACCCGGAUAGUCGGGUCGACACAUCUCACGAUGGGCCUCUUACAUGCUUACAAUUUGCUGCUCAGAUGGAAAGUGGUGAUCGUGGCAUUGAGGCCGUCGAACUCUUUCUGUCUCACAGGGCCAAUAUCAACCUAUCUUACAACGACUGUCCUCCGCUUUAUUAUGCACUCCAAUGCAAGAAUUCUGAGACAACCAGACUAUUACUGUCCCAUAAUGCAAUUGCCACUCCAUCCUGUCUCGCAACUGCCGCAGAAAUGGCCGAUUUGAGCCUCUUUAGCGAGAUACUAGAUCGAGUUACCGACGUGGAUGCACGAUGCGGAUGGCAGGAUCCUAGUCCCUUGGCGCGGGCAGUGGCGUGUGACAAUCUUACGACGGUCAACCUCCUUCUUUCUAGAGGGGCAGAUAUAAAUGCACUGUUGAGUAUUGAUUUUGACCAAGACUUUGGUGUGACCACAGUCCUAGGGCUUGCAGUCCGAAGAAAGAAUCUGCAGGUUAUUCAGACAAUGCUCCAGUCUUGUGUCUACGUCGAUCCCAGACUAGAUGGGCUGCCUUAUGUUUCACCUCUUACCCUGGCUAUUGAGGUUGGUGUUGACAUUCAACCUGCACCUGAGGGCUGGGGCCUAUCACUCAUUGAGCGUGCUAUCAAGAGAAAAGACGUGGAGAUGAGCAGAUUCCUGAUACAGUGUGGCGCUCAGACACACAUGCACUAUUCAGAUAAACAGCAGAAUUCUUCAGCUCUCCUCCUUGCCAUCCAGAACGGUCAUAGCGGCGUUGUUGAUAUGCUAGUCCAAGCAGGUGCACCGUUGAAUGAAGUCUACAGUGAUGCGCCCGGAACAGUGCUUGCGGCAGCCAUUGAAAAGGGAGAUCCAACGCUUAUUCGCAUGUUGGAGUUCGCCGGGGCUACAUUAAUUGGGCCAAAGCUCCGAGGAAUCGGAAACGUGGAACUCGCAAUGUAUCUACAAGAAAGGGGUAUACUGAAAGACAUCCUCGAAGUAUGUGGAGGAAAAAUUUUGGCCCGUACAAUUUACAUUGAAAAGCUUGAAUUGGCGCAGUGGCUACUUGCUUAUCGGAUUAAUGUCGACGGACAUCCCACUAUGCUUGAUCUUUUUGGAUGUCCAGAAACGCCGUUGCAAGCCGCAAUCCAAGCAAAAUCCCUUUCCUUCGUGGAGAUCAUCAUGGCACGUGGCGCCAAAGUGACCGACUGUGACCUUGCUGCAGCGGUGUACCUUGGUGCCAUUGAUCUGCUGGGUCACCUUCUGACCGGUUUCCUUGGGAGAGCUCCCACCGCGAUCGGAUUGGCGAUUGCAACGGGCAAAAAAGAAGCUAUGGAAUUCUUACUCGAUGUAGGUAUCGAACCAACAGGGAUACCGCAACAAUACCGCCAGGGAUGGUACGAAGGAGUGGAUUUCACGCCCGAGGACCCGCAAUCAGUCCUCGAAUUAGCGGCACAACUGGAUGACAGAUCAACUCUUCAGACUCUUCUCCAAUCUUGGGUCUGGGACAAUCAGAUUAUCGGCCGUGCAUUGACAAUGGCCGUUAUCUGGCAACGCACUGGGCUAAUUGAUGAUAUCCUGGAGCAGGUGGUGGACAUGAAUCAAGAGAUUAAGCUUUACUUAUCCGGCGCGCUGAAUGAGAAUGAUGACGAAAUACUAGAAUGGUGUGAGAUUCUCACUCCUCUACAGGCUGCGGUCAAGAACCAGCUGGUGUCCAUAGUUCAACGGUUAGUCAAAAACCCGCAAACCAAUAUUAACUACCUAGGGGAGGGCACGGGUCGACGCACGGCGCUACAACAUGCGGUCAACAACGGAAACAUGGACCUGAUCAACUUCCUUCUUGACCACGGAGCCAAUGUCAACAGUGCACCAUCAGAGGAUGGCGGAGCCACCGCGUUGCAGAUUGCUGCCAUUCAAGGCUACCUGGGAAUUGCUCGCAAGCUCAUCGACCUAGACGCAGACGAAAAUGCUGCUCCUGCACAAUUCAAUGGUAGAACAGCUUUGGAGGGAGCGGCAGAGCACGGUCGAAUUGACAUGCUUCGGCUACUUCUUGACGAAGGAGCAUCGCUGGUAGGCAAAGAUGGUGAACGGCAAUAUCGGCGUGCCGUGAAAUUGGCUGAAAAAAAUGGGCAUAUGGCGGCCGCGAAGCUCUUGAAAUCGUACAAGGAUCAAGUGGAAGAAAGCGGUAUUUGA